AUGUUUUUAAUUGAUACAUCCUCGUCGAUGAAUCAGUUAACAACAAAUGGCAUGAAAUUAAUAGAUAUUGCCAAAUAUUGUGUUGAACACUUUAUCAAGUCCCGACAAAAACAUCUUCAUCAACACCAAAAGAAGGACAAUUAUUUGUUAGUAACUUCGGGUCAGAAAGUUGUGGUCGGAUGGAAAGACAGUGCGGAUAGUUCCAUCUUCUUACAACGAUUAAAAUCACUCAAAGCCAACGAUCUCACGGAAAUUGGUCCCUCUUUGAAAAAGUGCUUUGAUGUAUUGAAUCAACAUCGUCUUCAAAAAUCUGUGGAUCAUUACGGAAUGGGAAGAUAUGCGAGUGCCGCAGAGAAUUCGGCCAUCAUUCUCAUUACCGAUGGAGAACGCUUAACACAUUCUUAUAAUCCAUACUUGAGUGCUGCCGAUCAGAGGCAGAUGGCGAUUGAUUCAAAAACUAGUUUUGAUGUCAACAAGCUGACAUUGCCAAAUCCACAUACUUAUUCAACCAAGUUAACGGAGGAACCCUUUCGAUGGGAUCAACGAGUUUUCAGUAUUAUUUUGCAAUUCCAAGCGGUUGGCACAACUCUGACAACCAUCUCUCCUUCUGCCUCAGUUCAGCCCUCCGUGCUCAAUCAGCAACAAGAGAAGCAAAAUCAACAAAAUCCAUUAACUGCAGGACAAACACCAACCAUCACCGACAAUCCAAUUGCACCUAUAAGCGAAGUGACUGGAGGUCUCUCACGAACUAUUUCAAACAUGACAGCUUUGUUAAAGUUCAUGGAGGAUUUAUCAGCUGUACAAUUAUCUCGACCAUCUGUAAUUGUAAAUUUUGAAAUUGUCAAAACUUUGAGCUUGAAACAACUAAGUCUAUUCCCUCCAUCCAACAAUGAAGGACUAGGAAAAACACUUCUUCAACUGAUAUCCCAGCCACAACCAAACAAGGAAACGUUUUGGCCAAUUCCAGAGAACUACUUACCAAGUCCAAAUAUGACAGAACUUCCAACACGAAGGGCUCAACCAUCUAUUUCUCUUCUUUACACUGAGAAGAACGACAUUUUAUUGACCAUGGCUUUUAACAAGUUUCCAAUUUAUGACAUUUUCGAAAUUAAUGUCAACAGCCCAAUAGGAAAAUAUGUGAUACAACACUCUAGUCGAGAGGGUUGUUAUAAGGCAUUUGUGACAAAUAGCACCCCAAGCAAUUAUGGAUUUGGAGAGAGUUUUGGAUUUUUAAAGCGCCUCACUAUUCCACUCCCAACAGGAGAGUUUGAAAACAAACUCUAUUUUUAUUUAUUGCCCUACAAUUACAUGAGACUUUUCUAUUUGAUGAAUGAAUAUGUCAAUACUCACAAGUCGCAACCAUCCUCUGCAUGGAUUCAACAGUUUCACAAAUUUGUACAGAAUCUACCUCCUUAUUAUAUCAAACCUUUGAAAAUAGCCAUGAACAAGUGGUUUAAUGGAAGUUUUAAUCAUUUUCCAGAUGUUCCAUCAGAACUACCUCUUCCUUUACAGAACUAUUACAAGCAAUUGGUGGAGGAAGAAAAGAGAUUUAACAAAGACUUAGAGGCAGAAAAUGAAAAUGUGGGAGGUGCUCCUUUUGGUAGCACUGACGUUGAAUUUACCGAUGCAACUGCUGGAAGUGGCGGAUCAGUUCAACGCGAAAAUUCUUCCACAACAACAGCAGCCAACAAAAAGUUCAUAAUACGAAAUCCUUUCGAUAUUGACCGAUCCAAUCUCUUGAAACAAUUCAAGACCAUGAGCUCUCAUCUCUUUAACAUGGAAUUUCACGACAUGGAGGAUGAGACAGAAAAAUCAAAAUCUCUCGAUGAACACUUACGAAAACUGUCCAAAGAGGAAAUUAACAAACAUUCUAUUCCCAUUUCACAAAUGGGUAAUUUCGACAAGGUUCUCACAUCCAAAGAAACAUUGCGAGAUCCAUUCGACACCCAAAAACAAAAACAGCUUACUUUUGGAAGUCCAUAUCAAAAAAAGAAAGUUAAAAAGAUGAGAUCCAUUCUGAUCCAUGCACCCUUACUAUUGGAUAAGUUGGUAGAUGAGUCUGAAAUGGAUAUAAAACAAAAGGAAGAAGAAGAAUUGAACGAACGUGAGGCCCAAACUCCAAUAUUCAUUGAAGAUGCCACGUUGAAACCAACAGCAUCAGAAAUGGGAUCUCCAUUGACAAGGAGUGAUGUCAUGCCGAAUGAAGAUAUCACCACUCCAUCUGAGCAAGUUGAGGCUAUGAUCUCUUUCACACCAGAGAAGGAAAUUACAUCGGAAGAAGGUGUCAGCAAUGGUGGAAUAGUGAGCAGCACUGAAGACGAAUCAUUACUGCCAACUCCAAUUAUGGAGAAUGCAUUCACUUCUGCCUACUCAAUGGAUACCGAUGCAUUCUUGACUCUCAAUAAGCCACCAACGUCGAGCGCUACUGGUGUAUCAUCUUCAACUACCGUUGCAAGUGCUGGAAAGGCAGCCAACUUUAGACCACCCUCAACAACUCGCAAAACCAAAGUGAAUCCUCAAAAAGAGCAAGCCCAAAUAUUGAUCGAUAGUUUGCAAGGAGCAACCGAACCUCUUAAACUCAUUUCUCAGACCAAUGAUCAUUUGUUGAACGCAAUUGUGUCACGAUCACUUCAACUGGAGCAGAUCGAAGGGAAACGCCGACAACAAUUAGAUAAUAUACGAGCAAGUAUAAAGAAACGAAAACGUGCACAACGAAAAGACAAUGAAGAUAGCAUGAUGGAAGAACGAGAAAUUGCCUCGGAGGUGAAAAAGGUUCAUUUUCCCAACAAGGAGACAAAAAUUGCAUUCAUUAAGGAAAUUAUAUGCAUGGCAGCUCAAUUCAAAAAGUUAAAAUUGGCACAAAUGUUAACAGAGGAAUUAGGCUCCCAUACGGUCGCCAACACCAGCUCUACAAUUUGA